ACCAUCAUGCGUCCCCUUCCUCUCCUCUCUCUCACUCUCUCUCUCUCUCCUCCCCUGCGGCCCUGCCAUCUCGUCCCCGUCUCUCCGACCAAAUCAUGGCCUAAUCACGCCACUCCACUCCGAGCCCCCCACGGCCGGGGGGCCAUGGAUCCUGCCUGCACGCACGCACUAUGUCUAUAAAGUUUAUCCGUCAGCUCCAGAUGUGUCUCCUCGUCUUUCUUCCUCCUCUCGGACCUAUGGCUGCUGGCUCGCUAGCGAGCUCGGCCGGGCUGAGCUAGCUAGCGACACGUUACAUGCUGCCUGCUGCUUAAUUCUCGCCUCCUUAGCUUGCUUGCCAUUGCCAGCGUUUUGGACGCUAAUUAAUUUGUUUCUCGAGGCAUGGCGCUGGAGGCCGUGGUGUUCUCUGAGGAGCUCUUCGGCAGCUGGGCCACGGCGGCGGCUCCAGGAGGAGGAGGGUGGAGCUGGGGCGACCAAGGCGAAAAUGAGCAUGGCGGGGCCGUGGAGAGGGUGAUGGACUUGGAAGGGGGCGCUGCCGCCUACUGGGAGGUGGGCGCAAACUCCUCCGCCUUGAUGAUGCAGGGGGCUGAUCAUCAGGAGCCCGACGGCAUCAGCUUAUCUGCUCCGCCGCUGCCGGAGAAUGGCGGCGGCGGUGGCAAUAAUGCAGCAGCUGCUGGUGGUGCCGGCUUCUCCCAGGAGGUAGCGGUGCCGCCGCCGCCGGCGGGGAGGCGGAAGCGUCGCAGGACGAGGAGCGUCAAGAACAGGGAGGAGGUGGAGAGCCAGCGGAUGACCCACAUCGCCGUCGAGCGCAACCGCCGCAAGCAGAUGAACGAGUACCUCGCCGCGCUCCGGUCCCUCAUGCCGCCGUCCUACGUGCAACGGGGCGACCAGGCGUCCAUAAUUGGCGGCGCAAUCAACUACGUCAAGGAGCUGGAGCAGCUGCUCCAGUCGCUGGAGGCUCGGAAGCACGCCCGCCGCCAGGACCUGUCCCCCGGCGCCGCCGGCUGCGACGCCGACGCCGCGGCGGGGCCCUUCGCGGGCUUCUUCACCUUCCCGCAGCACUCCAUGAGCGCCGGCGGCGCCCCCUCCCCCGCCACCGCGAACGCGCCACCCGAAGACGGCGAGGGACCGAACAACGCCGACGCGGACGACGGCAACAACGGCGACGGCGACGACGCCGCCGCCUCGGGCUCGCGGCCGUCGUCGGUGGCGGACGUGGAGGUGACCAUGGUGGAGAGCCACGCGAGCCUGAAGCUGCUGUCCCGGCGGCGCCCGCGGCAGCUGCUGCGCCUGGUCGCCGGGCUGCAGGCCCACCGCCUCACCGUGCUGCACCUCAACGCCACCAGCGACGCCCGCCGCAUGGCCCUCUACUCCCUCAGCCUCAAGGUGGAAGACGACUGCGCGCUCUCGUCGGUGGACGACAUCGCGGCGGCGGUCCACGGCAUCGUGGAGGCGGUCGACCGCGAGGAGGGCGGCGACGAGCUGCUGCUCGUCGGAUCGCAGGCCGAAGAAGGAGAAGAAUGACGCAGCAAACAGUGCACCCCCUCUGAUGUUCGAACUGAUUUUCGCGUGUACGUACGUUCUGUGUGUUGCCAGCGGCAGUUGUGUUGCCAGCGGCAGUUGUGUGCAAGCGCCUACUGUAUUUAGCAACUUUGCUUCAUCCAUCCAGCAAACACGGCCAUGGACGGAUUUGUUUGGUGUG